UUGGGUGUUGAUUCAUACACAAUACUACACCAUUACAGACUUCUUACAACAUAUCGAUGGAGGAGAAUAUGUAAAUAUUUGCAUCACGUUUCAAGGUACAAUUCACCUGGAUUGGUCAUUAUUUCUCAACAUAAUAGCUUUUAUAUAAAUGGAUAUAUAUUGACUUUUUACAGACGAUUGUAUAGCAUUCAUUUACAUUUCAUGGUGAACUCAAGUCUAUAUAUAUAUUACAUUGUUUUGGACUUAUUUUCCAAUAUCAACUAUUUAUUGAAGUCUUUGACAUUUACGUGGAAGAUCAGAAACUAUAACUCUUCGUUUCAUACAAUUUUCUUGUCUGCUACAUGUGUAUUUCAACGUAAUUAAGAUAUAUAGAGGAUAAAAGUUUUAUUUUAGCAGUGAUUGGAAGCAGAAAACGUACAUGCAUUUAAGAUCUGUAUUCCUUGUAUACACAGCAGUAGAAACCUUAUAUUCAGUCUGAUAAACAAGUCUGUCUGAUUCAAAAAAAAUAUUUAUCAAAAUUGAAUGUUUUUCAAAUCUUCACUUUGAUGCGAUUGAAUGUGUGAUGGUAUAAGAUUUCUCUCUCAAAAGUGAAUUGUUAGUAAAUGGAUUAUUUAUAGUGCUCUGAAGUACUCCGACUUAAUAAACUAUAAAUGAUGUCGUCAAAUGGAGGAUUUUUAAACUUUAAAUAUCCAUUGGUACCUCAUGACUCCACAACGGAAAUCAACAAUCAUUUUGCACACAUUAGCAGAAAACCAGAUAUUAACCAGUCUCCACUAGGGUCUCCUAUAUUGGAGCGUAGACAUCCAUCUGCCAAUAUGUACAGUAAUGAUCAAAUCCAGCAACAGAUAGCAUCACUAAAACAACAACAAGAAUUUCAGCAACGACUUCUGGUGGAACAAUUCAGACAACAGCAGCAACAGAUGGCACAAGAACACGAGAAACAGUUGCAAGAACAUAUCAAAGUGCAACAGGUACAGGAACACAUUAAAAUGCAACAGCAUUUAGUGAUGUUACAAAAACAGCAAGAGUUUCUUCAAGAACAACAAAAACUUCAAGAAAGACAUCGACUAGAAAAGGAACGCAUGGAGAAAGAACGUUUAGAACAACUAAAAAAUAAGACAAAGAAUGAAGAAAGUGCUGUGGCCUCCUCUGAAGUCAAACUACGGUUGCAAGAAUUUGUUUUAACAAAGAAACAUAGAGAAGCUGCAGCCAGAAAUUCUCCUCCAUUCCAUAAUUGGGUUGAACAGAAUUCGCCACCACAGUCCGGUUUAUCUCCCCCUUUUGGUCCACAUCUUCUUGGGAAAUAUGACAGAGAUGAUUUCCCAUUACGUAAAACAGCCUCUGAACCAAACCUUAAGGUGCGGUCGGCCUUGAAGCAGAAAUUGGAGAGUCAAAGGAGAAUAACACACAGUCCAAUUCUCCGACGCAAAGAUAAAGCGAACUUCCUCAAACGCAAACCACUUUCGAUUGAUUGCAGUAGUAAUUCUGACUCUGGACCAAAUUCUCCCCCAGCAGGACCCCAUGCUCUCCCCAAUGGUAGCCUCGCAUCACUUCAUUCAAAAGAGGACUCUCAUAGUUACCAGAUGGCAUCAUUAUAUAGAUCUGUUGGUUACCAUGGUAAUGAUCUCCACCUGUCACCAUCCUUGCCAAACAUUUCAUUAGGUCGUCCACCAUCAUCAUCAGGUACAAAUAACUCAUCACCACCACAUUCAGAAAGUGAACUACGGGCAUUAGAAGCAGGCAGGAUGAACAUGCCCCACCCCCACCAAUCAGGCGUACCAUACUACCCUUCUGUACCAGGUAUGGAAGGUGAAUUACCACCACAUCAUCCAGCAUACAUAUCUACACAAAUGAAAUUAAUGGAAGAAUCCAGGAGUCAAGGAAAAUUGAUGUCACACGUUAGUCCCUACAACAACAUGCCCCCAGCAAACACAGCAAGUCCAUCAACAGCAGAAACCCACCCAUCAAGAAUUAGACAUAAACCAUUAGGCAGAACUCAGUCUGCACCCCUGCCAUUGGGACACCCAUUUUUACAACAACAAAACUUGCUGUUACAACAGCAGCACUCACAACAAGUUAAACAACAAAUACGACAAGCUGUCUUACAUCGUGCUGGAAUGGAGAAUGUGGAUGAAGAAACGGAAGCCAAGUUACAACAGGAAAUGAGAGAAUCCAGAGAGCAAGAUGCAGAUGAUGUAAUUGUAGUAAAGGAAAGUCACAUGGAAGAAUCGUCAAGUGAGACGUUAAAACCACAGCAAACAUUCCCAAACCAUCCAAGGGAGGCUGUCAAACACCGUCGUCAUCAUCACCAUCGACCAUUAGCUAGGACACAGUCCAGUCCGCUGGUUACUUUCUCUAAUCUACCACAACAGACACAAGAAUCUGACCCAACCACAAUUAGAUAUAGAUAUACUACAGGUUUAGCAUAUGAUUCUAUCAUGCAGAAACAUCAAUGUACAUGUAAUAACAAUUCAAAUCAUCCAGAGAAUGAAGGCCGUCUACACAGUAUAUGGUCUAGAUUACACGAAACAGGACUGACAUCUAGAUGUGAGAGAAUAAAAAGUAGAAAAGCCAGCAUGGAAGAAUUACAAAGUUGCCAUUCAGAAGCCCAUACAUUAUUAUAUGGGACAAAUCCCCUUAACCGGCAGCGUCUAGAUCCAAGCUUAUUUGAAAACAUGCGUUUCUUUUUGUUACCUUGUGGAGGAAUUGGUGUGGAUUCCGAUACAGUGUGGAAUGAAAUGCAUACCUACAUAGCUGCCAGAACAGCUGUUGGCUGUGUUGUAGACUUGUCAUUAAAAGUGGCAGCACAGGAACUGAAGAAUGGUUUUGCUGUUGUGCGGCCACCGGGUCAUCAUGCAGAAUCACACCAACCAAUGGGAUUCUGUUAUUUCAACUCAGUUGCCAUAGCAGCUAAACAGUUGAGAGAAAAGAUGAAGUUAGAAAGGAUAUUGAUUGUUGAUUGGGAUGUACAUCAUGGUAAUUCAACGCAGCAGAUAUUUUAUGAUGACCCAAGUGUACUGUACAUAUCUAUACAUCGUCAUGACAGUGGUAACUUUUUCCCAGGAACUGGAUCAAUUGAAGAAUGUGGACAAAAUAAAGGUCAAGGUUACAAUGUGAACAUUGCAUUUGGAGGGUUGUUAACACCCCCAAUGGGUGAUGCUGAAUACUUGGCAGCAUUUAGAACCAUUAUAAUGCCCAUUGCCAGAGAAUUUCGUCCAGAAGCUGUAUUAGUUUCAUCUGGAUUUGAUGCAGCAAUGGGCCAUCCUGCUCCUCUUGGUGGAUACCAGGUCUCACCUGCCUGUUAUGGUCACAUGACAAGAGAACUAAUGUCAUUGGCUGAUGGUAAGAUUGUAUUAGCAUUGGAAGGAGGAUAUGAGUUGACUGCCAUUAGUGAUGCAGCUGAAAUGUGUGUCAAGGCAUUAUCUGGAGAUGAGUUACCUUCAGUUCAGGAGGGAGAACUGCAGAGACCAUCAUGUGCCCCAGCCUUAGAAACUUUUGAAGAAGUCUUGAAAACUCAGGCUAAAUAUUGGCCUGUAGUACAAAAGUACCUGGGAACAAUACAGUAUUCAUUGAUGGAGGCUCAGAAAAGAGAAAUGGAGGAGGCCGAUACUGUGUCUGCGUUAGCGUCAUUGUCUAUGGUAGCAGGAAAGAGAAGUAGUUCUUUUGAACAAUCAGAGCCAAUGGAAGAAGGCGAGUCAUAAGAUGACAUGGAAUACUUCAGAAGUUAAGAGAGUAUGGCAAUGGGUUGUGCCACUUAAGAAAAAGAUAUGUUGGUGCAAUGAGAAACUGUCUGUGCAUUAGUGAUAGGUUAACAGAUUGGGGACUGUAUUUACUAGAUUGUGUAAUGAUGGAGAUGUGUUAUGUUCCUUUUAAUACUUGUUCAAUUACAUGCCUUUUGAGUGAGAGGACCACUUCAAAAUAAACCAGUGAUUAAAACUUGUGUCUCUUUUGUAAAUUUUGAUAUUAAACUUAGUGUAUGACUUUAGAUGUCCAAUGGAGUUUGUAUAUAAUAUUGAGAUGUAGAUCCCAAGUGUACAGCCUUAGUGCAAUAUGUAACUGUGAUAGCUUUCAGUGUGUGUAGGAACCGUUCAUAGAGUUGCUCCCCUUGAUAGUUUGCAAACCUACUUCCUUUACUGGAAAGAAAAUGUUUUCCUUUCACUUGUCACUAAAUUGAUUUUUGUUGUAUAAAUUAUACAUACAAUUUGAAUUUAUAAUUGGAAUUGGGUCACAAUAAUUGUUAUAUAAAGCAAUCCGUAUGUUUGUUAGGGGUAAGUUGUUGUUUGUUUGUCUGACUGCUUAUGGUCAUAUUGUUUUUAAGUCUGCUGGACAGAAGAACACUGAAGAACAAAGGAUUACAUUUCAAGGGUUUCCAUGCCAAAUUUGUUGAUGGUUUUUAUGUUUGUUAUAUAAUUGAGAAGAAUAUAUUAUGUGUUGUUUUCUUCAUGGAAAUUUUAAAAAUUGUUCAUGUAUAAAGUUGUAAAAUUCUAUAUUUAUCAUUUAUUGUUCUGUAAUAUAUUAUGUAUACAUAUUUUUUAAAGAAUGUUUGAUCCUUGUGAAUAACAAAUAUGUUCCUGUUUUAAUUAAACCAUUGUUACAAGUAAAAAAAAAAUUUGUAACAAUAAGAUUUGAAAUUAUGUGAAUUUGUUAAUUGGACGUUGAAAAUUAAUAAUGUUCAUGAUUUGAUAAUUGAUGUUUUCUUUUUAUAUUAUAUAUAUAUAUAUGAGAACACAUAUCUUUUUAUUGAUAAAACUGGUUAAUUUUAAAUUGAAUUUAAUAACCCUGAAGUAGAAACUACAAAAAACUAUACAAUAGGAGAUUAUGUACUAAGUGUAAAUUUUGGAAUGUAUCUUUUGUAUUUAGAUCUAGGAACUUAAUUGUCAUUGAUUUUAUAGAAACUUUUAUUCAUAAUUUUUGCAAGUGAGGAAUCAAGUUUUUAAAUUUGUAGUGAAAGUGUACACAAAGUGUAAAAGUUAGGAAAUUUGUAGAUUUUACUGGUAAUGUCAAAAUGAAAAGGUUUUUUUAAUGGUAUAAUUAAAUCAGGAAUGAUUUGUAUGAGAAAGGAGGAGGAGAUACUGAUGAUUGACAGGUAGAUAGGAGGAGUCAAGGGUAUAAUUACUUCUACCCUGAUGAUAAUUUUUUGUUAAUUUUUAAACAGAACCCUGACCAAAUUCAUUAUUAUUGUUGAGAACCUUUGUGGCCAUAAUAUAAAUGUCAGUGUGCAAAAUCAGCUUUUGUGAAUAAGUUGUUUUAAUGCAUAGUGAAUCUGCAUUGCUUUUAGUUGUAAAUGUCUAAAUCAAUAUUUGAUUCCAUUUCAGUCAUAAUAAAUGUAAAAAUUGUCUACAGAAAUUACUGUAUCACUUAGAACUUGUAAGUUUUUUUAAAAACAGAGAUCCACCUGAAAUAAUUUCUACUGAUAGUAGGUUGUACAAUGUUAACAUUGAGAUUUAGAUGGAAAGCAGCAGGCAUAUGUAUAUCAGUGUAUGUCAGUAGAAAUGUCUGUUCGUCUGUUCCUCCGUCUUGGUAAGAUUUACAGUUCAAUUCUCAGAAUCCUGUUGCACAUGUUAUAUAUCAAUGACAUUUUGUUGUUAUUCUCUUCUUUACUUUGGUUUAAGUUCUAUAUUGAGGUUAAUUUUCCAGAAAUUGAUGGUUAUAUAUUUAUGACCUUCAUCACAACUUUUAUUUGGAUUCUACCAUUGCUCCAGUUGUUUUAUAACAUUUCUGUCAUUGCAACCAAUGUAACAAAAUGAUCUAAUAUUCAGUGAUCUUAUUGUACAAAGCUGUUCAACUAUCCCUUUCUUCUAGAUUGAUUUUAAAGUCAGGGUAUUCAAAUCUUACACAUUAUGUUAUAAGUGUUCAAGGAAUGAACUUCACAUAGGUACAGAUCCUGCAUUAAAAAUGCCAAUAACACAUCAUUAAUCUUCUUUUAUACUCAUCAUACAUUGCUACUGUACUUUGAAAUUAACAUCGUGUAUUUUCUAAGCCUCCACACUUUUUCUUGACAACAUAUUAAUGGUAUUGUGUUUUUGUGGAUAUUUUUACAUUAUAAUGUCAUUUAACUGUCAUAUGUAAAACUGAUGUAUCCUUGCCCUCACUAAAAGUGAAUCUGCUUUUUUGCUUUGUACAUAAAGCAUUUGGCACAAAUUAUCUAGUCGCACAAAAGACAUAUAUUCUCAUGAAUGUAUUUCAUUAUUACAUUUAAUACUCCAAAUUGACUCAACAUGAUCUGAUAAACAGUAAUUCUUUGGAUGUCCAAUAGCAACAAUUGGCAGAUAUCUAGAUUUCUAGAUCUAAAAAAAAAAACAAAACAUGUAAAAUCUUUUUUAUUAAGGACAGCUAAAUUUUUUCUUUAUAAAUUAAUGGAUCUUUUUUCAUAAUUAUAAAUUUUUUGUAACAGUGAAAUAUAUAUUGUUUCCAGAAUGUAUAUACUGUCAGGUAUACAGUGCCACAAAAACAUGUAUUCAUCCAGAAGAAGGUAUUUUAAUAUAUUUCUUGUUUUUUUUAAUUUUAAUAAGCAAAUUUAAACAGCUAAUUUGAAUUUAGUUGUUAAAUUGUUGAUUAAUAUUGUGAACCUUACCUUAUAAUAACUAAUGUUAAACAAAAAGAUAAUUAAAGCAGUGAAAGAUUUGUAUUUGGUUGUUUGUAAUUGAAAAUUGUGUUCCUAUUAAUAAUUUUCCUUGUAAGUUCAUAGAAAUCAUCAACAUUUAGUUGUCAAAAUCUAAAGUGAUCAGAAAACCAUAUCAUUCAUGUCAAAAUUCAGUUUUUUUGCAGCAUAAAAUAUCUCACAGUUUAUAAUCACAAACCAUUUGGCAUUCAUUUCAUGUUACCAAAGCAUUGAUUGGUCAUGUGAUCGGUCAUGUGAUGCUGAUGGACAAAGUUGUAUUUUUCAUUAUUUGCUUGUAAAGCAGGUUAACCAUAUAUAAUUUUGUGUUGUUGGUAAAGUAGUGCUACUAUUAAAUAUUAUAUAUCUUUUUAUUUGUUUUAGUAGACUAUACGAUCUUCUUUCUUGUAAAAAAAAAUCUUUGUCAAAUUUGUGAAGUAAAUUUUGUUGACUACUGUA